CCAAAGUUAGUUUCUCUCAAUCUCUCUAAUUUUUACACUUUUGAUUCUAAUUCUUAUUAUUUGGAUUCUUCUCAUAGAUUGAUCCUUGAAACAACUACCUUGAGAAGUCUUGUUCAGAACUAGAGUGAGGUGAGAGAACUUAUGCUUAGUGGAGUGAACAUGACAUUUGUUAAUCCUCGUUUCUUCAUGAAUCUCUCUUCUUCUUUGACUACUCUUGAUCUUUCCAAGAGUCUGUUAAGAGGAAACUUUCCAAACUAUAUUUUUCGAUUACCAAUUCUUAAGACAUUUCGUUUAGAUGGAAUCGAAAACCUCACCAUUGAUCUUCCAAGUUCCAAUUGGAGCAGUCUUCUCCAAAAUUUGUAUUUAGGUGUUAUGGAUUGCGGAGGGCGAUUGCCAAAGUCUAUAGGAGAUCUAAAGUCAUUACAGUUUCUACGUCUUGGCUACAACUUGGAAGGUUCCAUUCCAGCUUCCAUAAGGAACUUACCCCAACUUGUUCACCUAAGCCUUUCUUCUAACAAUCUUAGCAGACAAAUCCCAUCAUUACUUGCAAACCUCACCCAACUUAGCCUUCUCGACCUUUCAAAUAAUCAGUUUUCUAGUCCCAUUGCUUUUCAUGUUCUAGACGUUGGCAAUAACAACAUAGAGGAUACAUUCCCUCAUUGGUUGGAAUCUCUACCGAACCUUCAAGUGCUUGUCUUAAGGGCCAACAAGUUCCACGGUAUUGUGCAGAGCACCAAAGAAAGUCCAUCUUUUCCCAAGUUACGAGUUCUGGAUCUCUCCAACAAUGAUUUUCUUGGUCCUCUGCCUAUUCAGUACAUGGAAAAUUUUAAAGCGACGAUGGACCCUCAUGGAGAGGAUGGUUCCCCUGAAUACAUGAAGGUGCAGACGAGAGCCAAUUCUUAUCAUUAUCAAUAUUCAUUGGUUGUGACAAUGAAGGGAUUCGACUAUGAGCUGCAGGGAAUCUUGACCAUAUUCACUAGCAUUGAUCUCUCAAAUAACAAGUUUGAAGGAGAAAUUCCAAAUGUAAUUGGAAAGCUUAGUUCUCUCAAGGGGCUUAAUCUUUCUCAUAACAACCUUACUGGUCCUAUCUCACCAUCACUAGGGAAUUUGAUGAAUCUAGAAUGGUUGGAUCUCUCUUCCAACGAGCUGGCAGGAAAAAUUCCAGAUGAAUUGGUAUCUUUGACACAACUUGCCAUAUUGGAUCUUUCAAAUAAUCAUCUUGUCGGACGCAUACCACAAGGCAAUCAGUUCAGCAUUUUUGGAAAUGAUUCUUAUGAAGGAAACCUUGGAUUGCAUGGAAUGCCAUUAUCAAAAUCUUGUAAUGGAAAUGGGACACUGCCAAGCUCCUUCCAAGAAAAAGUUGAGUUCUGGAGAUUUGGCUGGACGGUUUUAGUGUUAGGCUAUGGAUGUGGAGUUGUUUUUGGACUGCUGGUGGGAUAUCAUGCCUUCCGAACAGGAAAGCCAAAAUGGUUUGUGUCUUUGUCUGAUGGCCAAUCAAGUCAAAGUGGAAGAAAGAUGAGGAAAGCCGAGUUGGUGUUUUAGAGCUUUUGAUAUAAUUUGAGGAAGAAUAUGCCAAUGAGCAAGAACAAGGCAACUGGUGAAGACACUGUAUUUUUUAUUUUUUCCAAAUACGAAAGUUGUUAUUCAUAGACAUAAGUUGGUGAAUCCGUUCAAGGGCCAAAGAGCUGCUAAGUGUUUAUGAGCUGUUUGAAUUUUUUUACAUUUUUUCUUUACUUGAGUUAAUUAUCUCAAUUGUGUCACCAUUGCAGGAAGAAAACAUACCCGUAAUU